GAAGAAUUUAUCACAAUGAAUGCGUCCAACUUCGACACAAGAAACAGAGGGGGAAGUCUUGCAGGGCAAGAAAGAACAAUGCAGUCCUCAUCCUCGACUUCCGAGCGAAUAAAAACUCGCAACCGCGCCCAAAGAAGAUCUUUCAAAAAAGGUAAAAAUAACAAUGCACGCAGAGAACUGGUGACUGGAAUUGGAGCAGACCCAGCAACGCAUUAAGCUCUAUAGACCAAGUGCAAGGUCGUCUCAGGAGAGAACUGAUGGAUCUACAUUUCCCGCCAUUGGUACCUAUUCCAGUAGAGGUACAUGCUGCGUCAGUUCCUCUAGCUAGAAGGACGGUGGAACGACCGAAGCAACCUCCUGCGUCAUUACUAGCCCCUGAACAGGCCCCUAAACAGGCCCAUGACAUGACAUACAGACGUGAUGAUGGUUCGUCCCUAGCUGUCAGCGAGACCGCUACUGCGGAACUAGCGCAAGAGCUGGGCCCUAGUAACAUCGAAGCGACCCCUGAAUAUAUGCUGCACUUGAAUGCCCUCAUUGCCAAACCAAGGACUCUCAAGGAGGCUGGAUAUGUUCUCAACCCACUUUCAACUAAGGACUUUGAACAAAAGAAAAGAUGCCGUGGGUGCGGCACGAUUAUGCGCCCGAGAGAGAGAGCGGUGCAGAAGAGGGAGAAAUCCAAGGAUCACCCAAUAAAAUCGGACUAUAAUGCUAGUGAGAAGAAAGACUCCUCGCAGAAGGAGAAGGGUGAUGGCAAAUGUGAGGACGAUGAGACCAAAACAACACCGAAGAAGAAGAUUAUACCCUGCAAGUUCCAUCCAGGUCCACCGGUGUGGAAUAGGCAAGGAAAGAUAUGGUCGUGUUGUCGCCAACCCAUGUCCGCAGAUCCUUGCAGCGGUGCUGAGCAGCAUAUCGCUCGCUAUUAUCUUCCUGGGGAAAUUCAGAGACUCUGGCAGUUCCAUCCUACUCCACGGACACCAAAUAUGUCCUCUCCAGAUACCCGUGCCGCGGUCGCUAUUGACUGUGAAAUGGGUCAGGCAGCGUCAGGAGAUUCCGAGCUCAUCCGGGUUACGCUGAUAGAUUACUUCUCAUCGGCUGUGCUUAUUGACAGUCUCGUAUAUCCAACCGUGAAAAUGGAGCACUACAGGACGCGAUUCUCCGGCGUCAGUAGACGUGAUAUGGAAACUGCGAUGAAGGAGGGGAGUUGUAUUAUGGGAAGAGACAUGGCUCGAUUCACCGUGUGGAGAUACGUUGGACCUCAGACGGUUGUUGUUGGGCAUUCGGCUCAUAAUGACUUGGAGUCAUUGCGUUGGAUCCAUUCUAAGGUCAUUGAUACGCAUAUUAUCGAAUCCCUAUUGGAAAAGGAAAAGAAGUGCGAAUCUAAAAAGGAAGGCGAUAAGCCCGAGGAGGAUGGCAAGGAAACAGCUGAGAAAGAUGAAGCGACACCUCUAACCGAGGAGUCUGGCGGAAAUGAACAUGAAGCUGAACAUCAACUAGAUGAAGACGAAGAGUCGAAUGCAAAUACAAGCAGCAAAGGACCGAAGAAAUCACCCAAUUCAGGGGCAAGACCUGACGAAAGCGCCCCUGACAAGGGCAAGCAGGGGCCGCCCAAGAAGAGAAAUAAAGGAAGUGGUAAAUUGUCCCUCAAGACUCUUGCUAGAGAGAGACUGGGACGGGAUAUUCAAAAUGCAGGGAAUAAAGGUCAUGAUAGCCUGGAGGAUGCGCUUGCAGCCCGAGAUCUGGUCCACUGGCAUAUUGUAAAUCGGGGGAGGGUUGGAUUGGACGACGGGUAGAAAGGGAUACAGUAGCUUAGUCUUCGCUGCGGAGUUAGGCGACUAUGGCAUACGAUCCGUAUUUGUGACUACUUUGAUACAGAGAUAGACAGCCUGACAUGUCACAUUAUCUGCAAGUUUUUCCUCAUGGCACAUAAACACAUCGAUAGGCCUUAAAAAAAGAAUAAAGAACAAAAGAAAAAAAAAGAAGAAAAGAAAUCCAAUACCGUCGUAUGGUAGAAAUCAUCUCCAGGUGGCGUUGUUCUUUUGAGGCCUACAAUGCAGCUUUGGCCAAUAUUGUAGGGUUUCU